AUGGUCGACAGCAACCUCGAGCCAGAUGAGGCUUCAGGCGCAGCUGCCCAAGGAUCAAGAGCUAGAAGUGCGUCUGCUUCUGACACAACCAGGACACGGGGCAAUACCGAUGCCACAGUCCGUUCCAGCACACCUACUGCUCGCGAUCCGUUCCCAGAAUCUUCCACACCUACCUCUCAUCCUGUAGACAACGAGCCUUCAUCCGCUUCUCGACAAGCAUCAUAUCACCCUCACAAUGUCAACCAACACAGCCGAGGCUUCGACCAGUCGGGGUUUCCCUUAUCAAGCGACCCUCGAGUAGUCGUGGCAGCCUCGCCUCCUUCUCCACGAUUACAACCCACGUAUCGAUCCACGAGAUCUUUAGGUGGCUCUGAAGCGACCUCUCCAAGUCGAAUCAAGGUCAGAGACCUGUCUCAUAUCCGCAGCUUUGCGAGUGAAGAAUAUCUGGCUCGCCCAAGGCUGGGAACACGAUCACCCAGCGUGUUUUCGGACUCCGGAAGACAGUAUGAAAUUAGUUCUAUGCCGGUUACAGACAUUAUCGAGAUGGUCGCAGGCCUCCUUACAAAGAUCACCACCACAAACGAUAGACAACACGAGCAUCAUCGACCUAUGCCGUUGACCGAAGAACAAAGUCAUCUGAAUCCUCACGCGUCUUGUGUGUUGGCUUUCCAUGGCAAGAAUGUCCCAGGAAUCACUAUCUUGAGUUAUUUGAGUCGGAUACAUAAGUACUGUCCGACCACUUAUGAAGUCUUCCUGAGUCUUCUCGUCUAUUUCGACCGGAUGACAGAUAUGGUCAAUCGAGGUCUAUUGGGGCAAUCUCAGCAGGGACCUAAUGAUUCACCUGCAACAGCACCCGAAAGCUCCAGUCCGACUGCAUUCUCGCCUAUGCCGCUGAGCGUUGAUAGUCCUCAGGAACAUCACGACAUCAGCGACCCCGUAGCGGGGACUGCAGCGUCGCAGGCCCCCGGCUCACCCAAUACACGUGAUAUUCCUGGCGACUUGUCACAAUUCUUUGUUGUAGACAGCUACAACAUUCACCGUCUUGUCAUUGCAGGAGUCACUUGUGCCAGCAAAUUCUUCUCGGAUGUUUUUUACACCAAUUCGAGAUACGCUAAGGUCGGAGGUUUGCCAUUGGCUGAACUCAACAAUCUCGAAUUACAGUUCCUGCUGCUGAACGACUUCAGACUUUCUGUCCCCGUGGAGGAACUUGAAGCCUAUGGCACGAUGCUAGUGGAAUUCUACGCAAGAGAACUAGUAGCUCAACAGCAGGCCGCGCAGUCGAUGGCCUCUUCACCCCACUCGACUGACGGUAUGUACAUGCGGACACAAGCCGGGGCAAGAGCACCCGCACCAGCAGCCCCAAUUUCAUAA